AUGUGUAGGGAUGCUGAGUGUCCACCUGAUACCACUCUGAGCCCGGGGGAGGGUCUCUCCCGUCUCCACUCCAUGCGCCAUAACACGGCCGAGCUCUGGCAGGCGCACAGGCAAGGCUGGAGGUGGUGCCGACAUCACCAGAUAGGAGGUAGUCUCCGUGCUACGUUGCCAGAAGAUGACAGAUAUGCUCUGGCCUGUGCCGUGACCCGUGCGCUCAGCAUGCCCCGCAGCAUUGGGUUGUACAGUGGGAUGGGGGGGUGCGCGAGUGGAAAUGACUGGCUCUGUGGGGUGACAAUGGUGUUGUUUCUGAUGGGAAUCUCUGUUGCCGUGAAUAACUCAUCCCAUGAGAACCAAACUGCAGAAAACCCUACUCACCAGGGAGCUCAUGUCCUUCCUUCAACCCUAGUCUUGUCCCUCCUUCUAAUCAUCGUUGUCCUAUUGACGAUCUACUGCCUGAGGUUCAAAAACCACAGGAAAGCCCUGGUUACAUCCGUGGAUAAAAAGAUUCCAAAUGGCUUCUUGGAGGAACAAGGAGAGCAGACAGUGGUCCUGCUCCCCAGAUCUCCCUCGCCAUCCAAGAGGUACUUCCCCAUCCCACUGGACUCGCUGGAGGAGGAGUACAGAAUUCGCUCUGCCGAUGACGGCAAGCUCUUCAGAGAAGAGUUCAAUUCACUGCCUUGUUACUACCACCAUGGGUCCUUUGAGGAGGCCAACAGAGAGCAUAACAGGGAGAAAAACAGAUACCCAAACAUUUUGCCAUAUGAUCAUUCGAGGGUGGUGUUGAGUCAUCUUGAUGGAUAUUUGUGCUCAGACUAUAUAAAUGCGUCUUAUAUAGAUGGGUUUAAAGAAAAGAACAAAUUCAUCGCAGCUCAAGGACCAAAGCCUGAGACUGUGACCGACUUCUGGCAGAUGAUAUGGGAGCAGAAAACUGCAACUAUAGUAAUGCUGACCAAUCUGAAAGAAAGGAAGGAGGAAAAAUGUUAUCAGUACUGGCCAGAAAAAGGUUGCUGGAUGUAUGGAAAUGUCCGAGUGGCACUGGAGGACAUCACUGUACUGGUGGACUACACCGUCAGAAAAUUCUGUGUCCAAUAUCAAGGCAGCGAUGGACCUCGAGCCCCUCGGCUAGUCACCCAGCUUCACUUCACCAGCUGGCCAGACUUCGGGGUGCCAUUCACGCCCAUCGGCAUGCUGAAGUUCCUCAAGAAGGUCAAGGCUGUCAAUCCAUCCUAUGCUGGGCCGAUUGUUGUUCACUGCAGUGCCGGAGUCGGUAGGACUGGGACAUUCAUUGUCAUUGACAGCAUGAUCGACAUGAUGCACAUGGAGCAGAGAGUGGAUGUCUUUGGCUUUGUGAGCAGAAUACGAGAGCAGCGCUGUCAACUUAUCCAGACAGAUAUGCAGUACUCCUUCAUCUAUCAGGCUCUGCUGGAGUAUUAUCUGUAUGGAGACACAGAGCUGGAUGUGUGCUCUCUGGAGGGCCAUCUGCAGAGGCUUCACAACACCAGGGCUCCCCACGACAGGCUGGGCCUGGAGGAGGAAUUCAGGAAGCUGACCAACGUCCGCAUAAUGAAGGAGAACAUGAGAACCGGUAACCUUCCUGCCAACAUGAAAAAGAACCGAGUGCUUCAGAUCAUUCCGUAUGAUUUCAACCGCGUUAUUCUCUCUGUGAAAAGAGGACAGGAGUUCACUGACUACAUCAAUGCCUCCUUUAUUGAUGGCUACAGGCAGAAGGACUAUUUUAUCGCAACCCAGGGCCCCUUGUCUCACACGGUGGAGGACUUCUGGAGGAUGGUGUGGGAGUGGAGGUGUCAUUCAGUUGUUAUGCUCACCGAACUCAAAGAGAGGGAGCAGGAAAAGUGUUUCCAGUAUUGGCCAUCAGAGGGCACUGUAACAUUUGGAGAUUACACCGUGGAGCUCACUGGAGAUUCACAUUGUGAAACAUUCACUCGCCGAGACAUGAUUCUCACCUACAAGCCAGAAAAGCAGUCACAACAUGUCCGCCACUUCCACUUCCAUGGAUGGCCUGAGAUUGGAAUACCAGCUGAGGGAAGGGGGAUGAUUGACAUUAUUGCCGCCGUGCAGAGGCAACAGCAGCAGUCUGGAAACCGUCCCAUAAUUGUACACUGCAGUGCUGGUGCAGGACGGACGGGCACCUUUGUUGCGCUCAGCAACAUUUUGGAGAGAGUGAAAGCCGAAGGGCUCCUGGAUGUUUUUCAGACUGUCAAGAGUUUACGUAUGCAGAGGCCACACAUGGUUCAGACAGUGGAACAAUAUGACUUCUGCUACAGGGUAGUCCAGGAUUUUAUUGACAUUUUCUCAGACUACGCCAAUUUUAAAUAACACUGUAAUCCAUAUUAAACCAUUUUUUCUGUAAGAAUUUGUCAAAGUCACAUAUGCAGUUUUUUGCUGAAUGUUGUUUUUUAAGGCUUUUUACAUUUUGCACUCAAUAACCGAUCUUAGAAAAAUUGUAAUAUACUGUAUCUGAACUGAACAUCUGUGACACCAGGGCGCUUGUCUUUUUCAUGAAUGUUUGAUUAGAAAGUACCCAAAUGGAAAUUACAAGAAAUGAAAGUGGUUACUCAUUUGUUUUAUUGGUAGAAUUUAGCAAUAUAUUAUUUUUAAUUGCUAACCUUCUUCUAUUUAUUGCACAGAGAUACAUUUAUUUUCUGCUUUAUUUUUAAAACUAUGCCUUUUGAUUUGAAUUAGUCUUGUAUUUAAUAUUGCCUAUGUUAGAUUGCUGUGGAGAAAAUGAAUUGUGUUUGAUAAAUAGGAUAACAUUCUCAAGACUUGUAAAUUGAAUAAUAUCUUAUUUGUCUUGUACAUAUAAAGAUGUACGUUUAGCUCCACCAGAGACAUAAAAUUUCAUACACUCUCAUUUGUGUAAAUUACCUCAAUACUGUCUUGGAAUAACUUAACUGCUGCCUCUUGGAAUUUUAUUCAACCUUAUUCAAUUUUAUUUGACUUUUCAUUUAUUGUGUGGCAAAAUGAAAUCACCCCACAUUGAAAGAGGCAGAGAAUUAAAUGUUAUUACAUUAACUGCUUUAAGGAAUCAUUUUUGUACACUUUAACAUGCCAACUUUACACUUAAAUGUUUGAAGAAAGUAGUGCCAUAUUGAUUAGACAUAGUUCUAAUCAUGAAAAACUUGUCACAAAGUGACAUAAUAUUAACUACGAACCUCAUGUUUACUGUAUGUUUGACUUAAAUGUGACAAAUUCAUUUUUAAAAGCAAAUUCUUUUCAAAUGUUGGUGACAGAGAUCAUUAAUUAACUGCUUGUACAAACAUUUUUUAAGAAUUCAUGUAUACAAAAUUUACCCUAAUUUCAUUUAUUGCAAAUGAGUGUGUUAGAAAUCAAGCGUGAAAAUAUUUAUGCUUGGAUGACAUAAUUGAAAAUGAUGCUGCUGAACUAUCUCCAUUCGCAGGAACAAAAAUGGAGCAUGUCAGGGACAUUAAAAAGCACGUUUUUCAAUAUCCAUUGCUUCGCCAAUAAUUACACAUGCUCACACAGAUUGAUCAUCCAUGCAAGCUACACAAAUAAUUCAUUAUUUACCUUAGUGUCAUAGCAAAAAGAAAAAGAGAAGAUUUUUUCAAGACUUCUGCUCAUCCAAAACAUGAAUUGCAGAGGUUUGAAGUUUGAGUGAAUAACUUUUGACUGUGUUUCUACCUCCAUUACCUUUGUAAGAUUAGUUAAUACACACUGAUCAUAUUGUUAUUUAGUGUACAUAGAUAUCCACUAUGUUCAUUUAUCAUUACUAACUGCAUUACUAACAAAUAUAUUAUUUUGCUGAAGGAAUAACAAUUAGGGUAAUGUCAUAAGGCCUUCCAGUUAAUGUAACAAAUGCACAAAAAUAUUAUUUCAAUGAUUUUUCUGCCUUUUGUAUCCGUGCAGAUGUCAAUAUCUAUUUGUUUGCUAAAAGCAAAAUAAAAUAAAAUGUAGAUGGAUUAUAUCCACACAUUGUCCUUUUUUUUUACUAUACAUUAAGCAUAUAACAAAGAUGUUUUAUUAAAUAUAUUAAAUGUUGCAUGAGCCCUUCUGGUGACGUGAGCAUAUCUAAGCACUUAGCCAACUCCAUUAAUGGUAUUUUGUGACCCAUUAGUCAGUAAAUGUGUCACACCUGCAAAGAGGGGAUUAUAAUCCUGGUUGCCGUGUACGACAUCUAUAAAAUCCCUCCCUGGCUAAUGUACCAUAUGCUAACACGACUAAUACAGAGGUGGGUUGGUAUUCACUUAAAUGGAUUCAGUGUUCAUUAAGUUAGAAUUACCCUUCUUGCUGUAUCAAUUACUGUUUAAAAUGUUUAUUAGCAUUGGGCGAUACUGUGCUGUGUAACCUCUGAUCUGUUGGCUGUGGAGCGGUAAGCGAGGAGCCUGUGACAUUAUUGUUUUAUUACAUAUUUAGCUUCCCCCUGCAGUUGUAAUGGAGGCGGGCAGCAGAGUUAUGGUGCAGGUGUUGUUGUUGGCGUUGGUGGUUCAGGUCAGUCUCUGCCAGCACUGGUCUUAUGGAUGGCUACCAGGUGGAAAGAGAAGUGUGGGAGAGCUGGAGGCAACCAUCAGGAUGAUGGGCACGGGAGGAGUGGUGACUCUUCCUGAAGAGGCAAGUGCCCAAAUCCAAGAGAGGCUUAGGCCAUACAGAGGAAUUAACGAUGAUUCCAGCCGCUUCGAAAGAAAAAAAAAGGUCCUUGAAUGAAUGAGGAGAAAGGAAAAAAGCAGAAGACAAACAAUGACGGAGUUGUUGUCAACACCAGAGACGGUUCACUGAAGAUGACUUGAUACUUCACCGUUUACUGCAUAAAUAACAAUUAAAUAUCUUUAAUCUUUGAAUUUGAAUAAACGUUUGAA